AUGUUGGAUGACAUCAUCUUUCACAGCUGCAAUGAGGGGGAUGUUCCUUCGGGGUACGAUUCACUCACCUGUGACUUUGAAAAGGAUUCUUGUGCCUGGUACCCUGACCACUCUGCUAGCGUCAUGUGGAGAAAAGCUAAGCGUCCUCAGAACUUCUACCCUGCCCCAGAGUUUGACCACACCACUGGCUCAGGCUAUUAUAUGUACAUUGGGACUAAUAGGACCACUAACCCCUCCAUGACGGCCAGACUGAUAAGCUACCCUCAAAGGACUCAGUGCGUUAGCUUUUGGUACCACAUAUAUGGCAUCAGUAUAGGUUCUCUGAAGUUCAUCACUAAGCGACCAGGCGAGGAGGAGAUUGUUGUCUGGAUGAGAUCUGGAACACAAGGGAACAAAUGGCGCUUUGCAGAUCUCAGUUUUCCAGCUGCAGAUCUUCCAUUACAAUUCAUUUUCGAGGCCACUCUGGGAGGGACUGACGGCAGCAUUGCGAUUGAUGAUGUGCACGUGUCGAACGGCGUGGACGGGUCCUGUCCGGCAGAGCGGGAGUGCACUUUUCAGGGCUCCCUGUGUGGCCUGCAGCACGACCCGUCAGCGGAUUUCGCUUGGGUCAGAACCACGGCCAGCCUCUCCCCCAACACCUCCAGUCCAGCCGCUGAUCACACCCUGGGAACCGCUCAAGGAUACUACCUCAGCGCAAAUCUUUGGAAGCAUGGCAAAGGCAGCCGAGGCCGGAUCCAGAGCGAUGUGAAGGCCGCCACGCCUGCGAGUGGGGAGUGCUGGAUGUUCUGGUACCACAUGGAUGGAGAGGAUGUGGGAGAACUCAACAUCUACCUUCAGCAGCCGGAGAAGCCUGGCGGCGGCAGCCUGCAGCCUCUGUGGGGGAGAAGAGGUGACCAGGGGGACCUCUGGAGACAUGGCAGGGCUACCGUGCACAGUCCAGAUGCUAAUUACCAGAUUGUGUUUGAGGGGAAGAACGACUACGACGCUGGCAGCAUUGCCCUGGAUGAUAUCUUUAUUCGGACAAAUACAACAUGUUCUGUGCUGUUCCCAACAACGCCUGCACCUACAACUGAAGCCACCACCCCUUUUGUCUCAUCAAUGAAUUGCAACUUUGAGGAAGGGUUUUAUCUGGUGGUGAAAAUGUCCGAAGAUCAGGCCCAGAUGGUGGCCAGCAUCUCUGUCCCUGUGCUCGGCCAGCCUGCUGACGUCUGUGUGGACUUCUGGUACUACAUGCUCGGCCCCUCGGUGGCCAGCCUGGACCUCCAGGUUCAGACGUGGGUCUGGACAACAGUAGCUUGGACAAGAGUUGGAACGCAAACAGCUGAAUGGUUAAAUGCACAAGUUACUAUCCAUACUGCCGACAUACAAAGAGUUCUUCUCUCCGCUCGCUUGAACAGCACUGGGCCUGGCUUUAUAGCUAUUGACGACAUCACAGUCAGAAAAGGACCAUGCCAGGACCAAGAUCCCUGUGGUUUUGAGAGCCAGUUAAUGUGCGGUUUCGAACAGGAUGUGACCAACAGUGUUGACUGGGUGCGUGUGAGUGGAACUGCGGACAGAGUGGACCACACCUACAGAACUAAGCUCGGUCACUCCAUGGCGGUGCGCUCAGCAGACCUCCAGAGGCCUUCGCUCUCUCAGCUCCUGAGCCCAGAGAGAGGCUCCACUCCUGGGACGUGUGUGCGCUUCUGGCACUGGAUAUCAGCUGUUCAUAAUGACUCUCUGUCAGUGCACCUACUACAAGAAGAGGAGCUGAGUCCAGCACUGUGGACUCUGCCAGGACUGGCGUCUCCUUCUGGCUGGGUGGUGUCAGAGGUCACGGUCUCCUCUCCUUUCAAACACAGAGUGGCCUUCCGUGCUGAGCUGAGCCCUGGCCCUGGUGCGUGGGUGCUCCUGGACGACGUGUCGGUCAGGGCUGGGGCCUGCACCGCUCCAGGCAGCUGUGACUUCGAGUCGGACCUGUGCACCUGGCUGAGUCAGGCUAGCGGGGCCCCCCACAGGCACGACUGGGUCCACGCAGACGGCCACGCUCAGGGUCCCGGGUCUGACCACACAACCCUCUCUCCGGACGGAAGGUUCUUGCUCAGCAAAUCGCAGAAUCCCAACAGUAAGGCGGAGCUGGCAUCGGAGUGGCUUCAGCCAGACGCUGACACUUGUUUUUCUCUCUGGUUCCUCAAGGGUGGAAGUGAGUCAGGGACACUGCGUGUGUUUGUGCGCACUGUGGACAAUAAGCAGGAGCUGCUCUUUGAGACGUCCCAGAGUGGCCAGACAUGGAGUCAGACGGCACAUUCUUUACGCAGGCCUUCACAUUUCCAGAUUAUUAUAGAGGCAGAGUCUGGUGGUGAAGGAUUCAUGGCCAUAGAUGAUAUUCUGGUGACCCCGGGGCUUUGUAGAGACAAUGUGCCCGUCCUUGAUUUUGUCCCUUGCCAGUUUGAAAGUGGCACUUGUGACUGGCAGGAUGUCAGUGAUGGUCAGUUCAAAUGGCAGCGGGAUCGCAAUGGCACUGCCACAGCUAACACAGGCCCCUCUGUUGACCACACAACAGGGACUGAACUGGGCUGGUACAUGGCUGUGGAGGCGAAUGAUGGUGAGCACAACAGCUAUGCUGUUCUCCAGAGCCCAGCCAUGGAACAGGCCAGCGCCGCCUGCACCCUCCAGUUCUACUACCACAUGCAUGGGGAGGGCAUCGGAGAGCUGAGAGUUCUGCUUCAGGAAGGUUCCAGAUUGACCCCAUUGUUACAGAUAUCUGGUAACCAUGGCGAUGAGUGGCAGCAGGCAGAGCUGGGAGUGGGUCGGACCCCUCAGGUCUUCCAGCUGCUCUUUGAGGCCACCCGGACCUUCAGUGAACUCGGAGACAUCGCCAUCGACGACGUCAGUCUUCUCAACUGCACUCUGCCAGAAUCCAAGGGCUACGGCGAGCACUGCAGCUUUGAACAGGGCCUGUGCUCGUGGGAGAGCGGCGCGGGGGUCCCACACGGCUCCAGGUGGACCCGGCAGAGAGGCGAGUCCGCCUGGCCCGCAGGUCAUGGCCCACCAAGGGACCACACGCGCAACACUGCAGCAGGCUAUUAUAUUGUACCCGGAUAUCCACUCUUGCAAGGUCAAACAUCAGAAGUUCUCUCCAGCACCCUUCUACCAAGCUCACACUGCACAGUGCGCUUCUUCCACUACGCCCAGGGUGGAGGCCCCCGGGGCAGGCUGACGCUGCGCCUGCGGACGGAGCAGACAGGCAGCUACGAUCAGGUGCUCUGGAGCGGCGACGCCACUCGGGCCUUCCGCUGGCACAGGGCAGCGGCCACUUUCUCCUCCCCAGGCCGCAGCAAGAUCAUCUUCCAGUUUGCGGAGGAUGGAGAAAGAGCCGGAGGACAGGUAGCAUUGGAUGACAUCACCUUCUCUCCAGAGUGUGAACACGACCCAGACAACAGCCAGCUGCCAACCACACCAGUCACAUGUGGGGCUGAGGAGUUCUACUGUUGGCGAUCAGAGGGUAUGAAAUGUAUCCCUGCCAACACCCAGUGUGACUACCGCUUAGACUGCCCCCAAGGGGAGGACGAGGAGAAGUGCGGUCCAUGCUCUUUUGAAUCUGGUGAGUGCCGCUGGCAGGAUGUUAGCCAGGGGGCUAGCAGGUGGCAUCUACAAAGAGCGAGUGAGCACACUGACCCUCCUGCCGACCACACCACAGGCUCAGGACACUACAUGCGAGUGAGCGCCAGUCAGGCUCAGCAGGCCCAGACGGCCCUCCUCCAGAGUCCCCCUCUCCCAGCAUCCUCCCCUUACUGCCAGCUCCGCUUUCACUUCCACAUGGGCGGCUGGAGCCCAGGCAGGCUGAGCGUGUCACUGCAGAGCGCGGAGGGUCAGAGGUCGCCCCUGUGGUCACGCUCCAAGAACAGCACUGCACCCUGGAGCCUGGAGCACGUACCGCUGGGCAAACAGCAGCAGGGCUACACGAUCCUCUUCGGUAAUGAGGUCACGGCGACCCAGAGCUCCACUGUCAGCGGCAGCGCCGUGGCCUUGGAUGACAUCUCCUUUCACAACUGUGAGGCAUCAUACCAGCCACCAGAUCUGACUGAUCUCAGCUGUUCCUUCGACCAAGGCUGGUGUGCAUGGGCUCAAGGCGCUGCUGACAGUCUGGACUGGCAGAGAAGGUCUGGACCAACAGACACUGCCAACACGGGCCCAGAAGGCGACCACACCAGUGGCCAAGGGCACUAUAUGUACCUGGAGAGCUCACCCCCCAGCAGGCCUGGAGAUAUGGCUCAGCUGAAUUCUCCUGUGGUUCCCCCUGUUGGUCAGUAUGGAUACUGUCUCUCGGUGUGGUACCACAUGUUUGGAGCUACAGUGGGUUCUCUGAGGAUCUUUGUGAAGAAUAUUGACACUGGAACAAAAACGCUGGUAUGGGAGAGGAAACAGUCUCAAAGUGACCUGUGGCAGCUGAUGCGCCAUCAUGUGGUCGCAGAGGAGGUCCACCAGAUCGUUCUGGAGGCAUAUGUUGCAGGGGAGGCAGGGGACAUUGCUGUUGACGACAUCCUAUUCACCCCAGGACCCUGUCCAUUAUCAGGCCUGUGUGACUUUGAGGAGGGAGACUGUAACUGGACCCAGCUGGCAGAUGAUGACUUUGACUGGGUCCGAGGUUCCGGCCCGACGCCCACCGCCGACACCGGGCCCAGCGUGGACCACUCCACCAACACGGACACCGGACACUAUUACUACUUGGAGUCGUCCAAUCAGCUGCCUGCCAGCAGAGCCAAAAUGGCCUCCUCUGCCUUUCCCUCAGGCAAGGGCAAGUGCCUGCAGCUCUGGUAUCACAUGUUGGGCCAGGGGAUGGGGACGCUGAACGUGUACCAGCAGCCGGCGGAAGGGGAGGCAUCGCUCGUCUUCUCUCACGCGGGGGACAUGGGGGAGCUGUGGAGGUUUGCGCAGGCCCCGCUCCAAGCCACGGCGAGCACAGGGAGCUAUAGAAUUGUUGUGGAGGGUGUCAGAGGGCAGAGCGAGCAGGGCGACAUGGCCGUCGACGACGUGCUGGUGACGGACGCGGCCUGCCCUCCGGGGGGACACUGUGACUUUGAGCUGAACACGUGCGCCUGGACCAAUCUGUACGGAGUGGACGACACCGACUGGCUCCGGGGUCAGGGGGUCAACCCGAGCCUGAACACAGGCCCCAGUGUGGACCACACCACCAACUCCUCUAUCGGUUAUUACAUGUAUGUGGACACUGCGGUGGGAAUACGGGGAGAGACAGCCAUGCUGUUCAGCGACGUACUGCUCCCAGCCAGAGGGGGUCACUGUCUCACAUUCUGGUUCCAUAUGUUUGGCCCAAAUAUUGGCACUCUCAGCCUGUGGACUACAGAUAAACCUGGGGUCAGUGAAUAUGAUGCUGGGCGCUUACUCUGGACAGCAUCGGGUAAUCAGGGGGCUGUGUGGUUAGAAGACAGCGUGUUUGUGGAGUCUAACAAAUCCUCUUGGUUUAUGUUCCUGUAUCAGAAGGGAGAGUUUACCUCUGGAGAUGUUGCCUUGGAUGACGUUCGACUCUCGCCAGGCCCCUGUUACCCAGUGAGCCCCACAGAGCCUCCCUCCAACAAUGAUUCUGUAUUUAUUGCGACUGGAGUGGUUAUCUCGCUGCUGGUGAUUGUAGCGGCGAUUGUCGUCCUCUAUAUGCUACGCAGGAGGCAUCCAUCCAGUGCAGCUAUUAUUGAACAUGACAUGUUGGAUCAGCAAUUCAACAAUUCAGCUGCUGACUUCUAUGGCAGCACAUUGCGAGGCUCAGGCGCUGGUGACAGAGUGUCCAUGUCUAACAAGUCACAUAGUCUGGCGGAAGAUUCACCCGAACUUGCAAAUGAUGCAUCCCUAGCUUAAACAUCCACAAAAAAACAUAAUGUAUUUUAAUAUUGAUCAAAUGGUGUAUUGUAUUUUGUUUUCUGUUGCUAUUCUUUGAACUCUGAAUCAAGCCAUAUGUAAGAUCCUUUGUAGACUUUACACAGUAUUAACACUCUGCUAAUUGUGCAGUAUGGCCAGUUACA